CUGCAGAAUUUGUUUACCCUGAGGGAUCCUUAUGCAGGACAACGACUGACAGAGGAGAUCUUUUGAAUCUUAAAUAUCUUCAGCUUUUAUCCAAAAGGGACUUAUGAUGACGAGUAUGCUGAUGAUGGGAGACAAACUUUUGGAUAUGUGGACAGGAGAAAACAGAGAAAAACAGAUCAAUGCGGAGGAAGAAAGAGAAGCACAACAAAACAAAAACAUUUCCCACUCUAUUGAAGAAAUCCUAAGAAGACCAACACAUAUCAGAAAAGUUGAAAGAGUUCAUCGAAACUGGUCUGUAAUUAAAGAAAACACUCAGGUACACAACCAGAACUCUAACACAGAUUUUCAACAAAAAAUAUGUGAAGAGUCUCCAAAGGCUGCCAAAGAAAGUAAAGUUACAGGUCAGAAGAGGAAAAGGCAAACCAGGGUGACUUUCACACCAUUCCAGGUGCAGGAGCUGGAGACAGUUUUCCAGCAGACUCACUAUCCAGACGUCAACACUAGAGAUGAGUUAGCCUCGCGCCUUCAGCUCACUGAGGGACGAAUACAGAUUUGGUUUCAGAACCGCAGGGCUAAGUGGAGAAAGGCUGAAACCAUGAAGGAAAUAGAAGUGAUGACCAGCCAACAUUUAACCAGUCAUCCCUUACUUUAUUAUGAGAAAGCGCCUCUAGAAUCAAUGUUCUGGCUGUCUCGUUGGACACCUGACCCGGUGCAGUCGAGGCUGUACUUCAGAUCCACCCCGACGCAGGCAGCUUUGACCAGCACACACUCCUACCCACACAUUCAGCGAAAUCUCUGCUAUGACAUAAUAAUUGCCCCCUAAAUGUCUUAAAAUGUAAAAAUAUUUUUAUAUAUAUUUUUGUAAGAAAAAACUUUAUGCAUUAUUGUACCAUAGUCAACAGAAUGUCCCUUUAAUUGUAAAAAAAUGUGUUACAUUCUAUGCUGUACGUGCAAAGUGAGAU